GCUCGAUUGUCGAGACAAGAGGAUCUUUGUUUUUAAUGGAAAAAUGGAACAAAAAGAAUCUCAUUUCUUCCUCUCUCCUUCCUACCAAAACCAAAAGGAAGAGCAGAGCCAUCCAUCCAUCCAUCCAUUUCUUUAACCAUUUUAGUGCAUUUCACUAUUUCUUCUUUUCUUUCUGGGGAUCGUAUUUCAAUUUUCAAAUUCCAACACGGUGACCGUCAAUAAACGGCGUUAACGGCGACACGGGAGGCGGCACAUUUUGCAAGCACUACUAUAAAAUCCAAGUAACAGAAACAAACACCCGACCCGACUCCCAGCCAGCCAAAACCCAUUAGAGACAAGGCCGGUGAAGAAACGAGAUUACGAGAGAGAGAGAGAGAGAGAGCUUCCUCCUCGAUAAGCCAGGCGAGACGACCUAGCAUUAGCAAGCAUCAGAAUACAACAGAUCGAACCCAGAACUGUGAGCAAUGGGGGUAGACGUUAUGGAUAUCUGCAUGGACAAGGAGCAUGAUUUUGAAAUAGCUUAUCAGAAUGUGGCUUCCCAUGACCCAAAUCAACCUGUUGUCCUAAAUCAAGAUCAUGUGCAUGAAUCCUACGAGCCGAUUAGCGUUGAUGCUGAACAACAGAGUGCAGAAGGGAGCAUUGAGUCGAAGGAGUACGAAGUGAAGGAAUGCACAACCGAAAUUGUGGUUGAAACUAUUGAGUUUUCUCUUGCUGAACAAAGUAAGGAGGACCAGUCUGCUGUAAAUUCAUCAUCUGAGGACGGUUUAGAUGAGAAAGUUAAAUCAGGAACCAAGGCAUCAAAGGACAAGAACAAGUCGCAUAGGUCACCCAAGAAUCAUGCAGCCAAACAUGGAGUUGCUCGAACGAAACACACCGUUCCACAACCAUUUGCCCUAGCAACUGAAAAGCGUGCAUCAUCUGGAACUCGUCCUUCUGCAAAGGCUGGUCCAAAUAAAAAAACUAAAGGAAACAAUGUGCUACGUCCCAAUACGGUGAAACAGAAUCAGCCUUUUCCAGUGGCUAGAAGGCCAUUGCAACCGAAGAACAAGAAGCAUCCUGGAGAAGAAGAUUCGUGUUCUGUCACAAGCUCUACUGGAGCUUCUGUGCAGACAAUGAAGACACAGUCAAUUAUUGCUUCAGCUCCAACAUUCAGAUCUAGCCAACGUGCUGAGAAACGGAAGGAGUUUUACUCAAAAUUAGAGGAGAAACAGCAAGCUCUGGAGGCUGAGAAGACCCAAAACGAAGCAAGGACAAAGGUACCAACAACUCGUGCAAAAUCACCUAAGUUGGGUAGAAAGAAGAGCACUGGUGAUGCAACUGCUCCAUCGGAUACAAACAAGACCAAAGCGGCAUUGAAUCAGGGAAAUCCUCAGGAAAAGGCAAUUGAAGCUGUUACAUUCCUCAAUUCAAAUGGACACAGCCACACAGAAAUUGGCAUCGAAUGUUAAUCAUAGGGUCAGUUGUUCUUAAUUUAUGACGCAAUUGAGGUUCAUGUUCUCAUUGUGUUCCAAACAAUUUGCAUGUCCAUAUGUUUGUUUACUGUUUUUUUUUUUCUUUUCCCUUUACCCAUUUCAAGACCAGUGUAAUGGCUUUGUUGUUGUCUUAUGUUGUUUUCUGUAAUUUAUGGAAUUGUAAAUCUGUGUUAAGUUAAUGACUAUCUAUACAAAGAGAAGCAUCCAUCUUUGGUUUUUCCAAUUAACUUCUUGUACUGUUUUGUUCCCAGCUCUCGUGUGCUAUAUAUUUGUACAGAAAAAAGCAGAGAAAUUGGGUUGGUAAGCAGUAUGUUCAUUGUAAUGUUUCUGGAGCAAUGAUGAGAAGAUGUAAAGAAGAAGAAGAAGGGGAGGACAGGAGGGGCCUGAUCUUUUGUUCAUAUGUUUUUCUCAGGGUGGGAAAAUUGGACGGGGUUACUUAAAUUUCCCCUGUUUUGCACUAUAAUGGCAAGUGCCAUCAUAGAGAUUUAAAGAACAAAGCUCUUACAAUGCGA